UCUCCGCAGCGCCUUUUCUUCGCUAGCUGUUCAUCCAACCUACAGAUCCUAAGUGUUGCUAGAUUAGAAGCAUGGCGGAUGUAGAAGACUGCAGUCCUCCUGUUGCUGAUCCUUGUGGAGGACGAAGCUGUAAGGAAGCACUGAGAAUAAUGAGGGCAAUCUUACAUGGGUUAAUGGAAGAGGCAGUGCUCCAUCAACCCCAACUUUCUACCCCGAUUCAUAUCCAAAAGGUGCUGCGGGAAUUCUCGAGUGAUGAAAUCCAAGCCAUGACACAAGACUUUGGAAGCAUGGUAGGGCGAGGCGGCUCUGCCCAGGUCUUCCGAGGGAGCCUCGACGACGGCACGCCCGUCGCCGUCAAGCGGAUCAACAUCCACGGCGGGCGCACCGUGGCCGGCGAGGAGGACUUCCGGAGAGAACUCUCCAUCAUCGCCAACGUGCACCACCGCAGCCUGGUGCGCCUCCUCGGCUACUGCCUCCAGCGCGGGGGCGGCCUCUACCUCGUCUACCCCUUCUUCGACAACGGCUCGCUUGACAGGUGGAUCUUCCACGGCACCGAGGAGCAGCGGCGCCAGCUGACGUGGCAAAAGCGGUUCUGCAUCGCCGUCGACGUGGCCCGGGCGCUCGCGUACCUCCACAACGAGUGCCACUGGCGGAUCCUGCACCUCGACGUCAAGCCCGGCAACAUCCUCCUCGACGGCGACCUCCGGGCACACGUCUCCGACUUCGGCAUCUCCCUCUCCGUCACCCGGGGCCUUAGCAGCGUCGUCGACACGGAGCACCUCAAGGGGACCUUCGGGUACAUGGCGCCCGAGAUGCUCUACAACGCGGUGUCCGACAAGUCCGACGUGUUCAGCUACGGCAUGACGCUCCUCGAGCUCGUCGGCGGCCGCCGGAACAUGUAUCCCUCGUUGGAGACGCCGGACCUCACGCGAGACUACUUCCCGUACAUCGUGCGGGAGAAGAUGGCGAGGGGCGAGGUCUUGGGAGCCGUGGACGCGGCCAUGGCGCCUGUGGACGACGAGGCGGCGGUGAUGGCCGUGCUCAAGGUGGCCAUGUGCUGCAUCCAGAACCAGCGGGAGAUGAGGCCCAGCAUCCAGACGGUUGUGGAUAUGCUUGAAGGCCGGGUUGCCAUUGAGCUCCCACCAGAGAGCCGCCAUCACCUGCUCUGAGUACUUUGUUGAAGCUAGCAACUUUUUUCGGUGUGUUACCUCACUGUACUGGCACUAGGAGACCUGUACUCUGUGCAUAUAGCGCCGAUAGUAUUUUUUUUGUUAUUUUCCUUAUGGAACAUUUAGAUUUUUCUAAAACUAAUUUUUAAAUAAAUUGGUUUGAUGCUAUCAAUCAUAUU